GGAGGCGGAGCCUCGCUCUCGCCGCGCAAACCCUCCCCUUGCCUUCUGACCCCGUUUCCCAUGGCUGCCUCUGCUGCUCCUCACUGUUUGGGCCCGAGUGCCCGGGCCUCCAGCACCCACCGGAAGGCUGCAGGUACCAAACAGACAAGGCCCCUCAAGCCAGAAGAUGCUUCCAGAAGGCGAGCAGAACUAGAAGCCGCAGUGCAGAGGAAAGUGGAGUGUGAGAGGAAGGCCGUGCGCAUUGUCGAGCAGCUUCUGGAGGAAAACAUCACAGAGGAAUUCCUAAAGGAGUGUGGGAUGUUUAUCACACCGGCUCACUACAGCGAUGUCGUGGACGAGCGGGCCAUUAUCAAACUCUGUGGCUAUCCUUUGUGUCGGAAGAAGUUGGGAGCCAUACCGAAACAGAAAUAUAAAAUUUCUACUAAAACCAAUAAAGUCUACGAUAUUACUGAAAGAAAGUCUUUCUGCAGCAAUUUUUGUUACAGAGCAUCUAAAUUUUUUGAAACACAAAUUCCGAAAACUCCAGUGUGGGUUCGAGAGGAAGAGAGGCCCCCUGACUUCCAGCUGCUGAAGGAAGGACAAAGUGGCCGUUCUGGAGAAGUCGUCCAGUUCUUCAGUGACGCCGUCACAGCAGCAGACAUUGAUGGUCCUGGUGCUCGUGAAGCCCAGUGUGAAGCCACGGCUCCCAGUGCUUGGUGUGAUCACACCACAGAUGACGAGCAAGACUUCGUCUCUUCGCUUCUCCCAGGACACGGACCAAGGGCAGCAGACACGAGGCCACAGCCGCACAGAGAGAGCAGUGUAAGGAAGAAGAACGCUGGUCAGAAAGUGACCUCCAGGCACAAAGAGCAGACAGUGGCGGAUGUCACUGAGCGGCUGGGUAACUGCAGAUUGGGUGGUCAGGAGAAAGUGGCUGCUUGUGAACUUCCUUCCAAGAAAGAAAAUCCUCAGAUUCCCUCACCUGGCCCUUCAGCAGUUUCCGACAGUAGACACAGUGUGUCAGAAGUCACUCUUGUAGGGAUAAGCAAGAAAAGUGCUGAGCAUUUCAGGGUCAAAUUUGCCAAAUCUAACCAAGGGUCUGGGUCAGCCCCUGGCCUAGGGCAGGGUCCUGAGGUCGCAAAGGCAAGCUUACUUCGAGUUCUGAAGGACACCUUGACUGAAUGGAAGACAGAAGAAACGUUGAAGUUUUUGUAUGGCCCAGAUCAUGCCUCCACAUGCCCAAAACCGCCUUCAGCCCCCGUACCCGAUGAAGAACUCGAUGAAGAUGACCUGAGUUGUGAACCAGCUAGUGGUGGUCCUGCCGUGAGCCAACCCCAGAACAGCUUAGAUGAGACACUACCCUUUAGAGGCUCAGACACGGCCACUAAGCCACUGCCAAGUUACGAGAACUUGAAAAAAGAAACGGAAAUGCUGAAUCUGAGGGUCAGGGAGUUCUACAGAGGACGCUACGUUUUAAAUGAGGAAGCUACCAAGUCGCAGGACCCAGGAGAGAAUGGGUUUCAGCGUGAUACCAGCUUCCCACUGAUUGAUUCAAGCUCCCAGAACCAGAUUAGAAGACGGAUUGUUCUUGAAAAAUUGAGCAAAGUAUUGCCUGGACUUUUGGGUCCUCUUCAGAUUACAAUAGGCGAUAUUUACUCUGAACUUAAAAGUCUUGUUCAGACUUUCAGAUUAUCAAACCGAAACAUUAUCCACAAGCCCGUGGAAUGGACUUUGAUCGCUGUGGUGUUGCUGACAUUAUUGACGCCGAUUCUUGGCAUUCAGAAGCAUUCUCCGAAAAACGUGGUAUUUACACAGUUUAUAGCCACCCUGCUGACAGAACUGCAUUUAAAAUGUGAAGAUCUUGAAAACUUAACCACUGUAUUUAGAACGAGCUGCUAAGAAGCGUGACAGAUUCACUCUCCUGGAGCCCAGGGCAGCCUUGAAUUCCGGGAUUAAAGGUGUGUGCCACUACUCCCUGGCCUCUAAUGGCUCAGCUCUACACUAUGAUCUUCAGGCAAGCUUUAUUUAUUAAAACACAAAUAAAAUAGUCUUUGUCUCUUGCAAGUUGACCAUCAGAAUGUCCCUUAACUACACCGUUUUUUGCCUUCUCAUUUAAUAUGAAAAUCAAAAAACAUCUUGGGAAAUAGUCUUAAUUCAAGAUUCUCUUUAGUAUAAAAACCAAGCAACGCAGAAGUAAGCUUAUAGAUAAGAAAGUCUUCCUUACCUCUGCUUUGGCUAUUGGAGGGAAGGAAAACUAAUUCAUUCUCUCUCUCUCUCUCUCUCUCUCUCUCUCUCUCUCUCUCUCUCUCUCUCUCUCUGUCUCUCUCCUUUGUUCUUUGUCUAAAGGUGGGACCCCAUGGAGUAUUUCCCCUUCCAUGUUGGCAUGUCUCUUGUUCUGGCCGCCAUAUUGUUGAGGUGUCGUGGGUAAAGCUUCUUUCUCAUUUCCCUCCUGUUCCUCCAGUUCUUAGUCUUCUCAUGCCCUCUUCCAAGAUGUUGCCUGAGCCUUAGUGCAGGAGUUGUGUUGUAUACAACAGAUGUUGUGUAUCUGUUGGGGCUGGGCACCCCAUGAUCCACUGUUUACUGUAUUUUGAGCAGGUGUGGUUUUCUGUGAUAGUCUUCAUCUACAGCUAAGAAAAGUUUCUUUGGUGAAGAUUGAGAAGCUAUACUUACCUGUGAGUAGAAGUAUUUAGAAUGUGUUUAAGGAUUAUGUUGGUUUAAAAAUAGCAGUAAUAGGUUCUCCUUUUAAGAUUUGUGACCUCACUAACCCUGGGUAGUUUCGUGUAUCAGGCAUGAUUUUGAUUUCCUUCCUGCUGAAUGGACCCUAAAUCUAAUUAGACAGCUGCUGGCUACCUCUAAAAUAAGAGUGCCACUAUUAGCUGGGUGGUGGUGGUGCAUGCCUUUAAUCCCAGCACUCGGGAGGCACAGGCAGGUUCUCUAUAAGUUCGAGGCCAGCCUGGUCUACAGCGUGAGUUCCAGACAGGCUCCAAGCUAUAUUGCCCCCUUAGAGACAACCUGGCCUGCGAGUGGUUGUUGUAGAUCAUAGUAGGCUCCACGACUGAGCAGCACAGGAUGGCUCCCCUCCCAGCACCAUGAGAGCUUUUCAGUUUUAUCGAGACUGACUUGUCAAUUUUACCUUAAUCCCUGGACAGACAGAGCCCUAGUCAGGAAGGGCUUUCCUACACCUGAAUCAUGCAGAUGGAGCCCUAGGAAGUGCUUUCCACACCUGGAUAUUCGGGCACUGCCUGUGUUUUCUCAACAGUUUCAGGUUUCAUGCUUAGGUCUUUGAUCCGUUUGGAAUUUUUUGUAUGAGAUGAUAGAUAUGGGCCUAAUUUUAUCCUUGUACGUGGACAUCCAGUUUGCCCAGCACCAUCUAUGGAAGAUGCUUUUGUUUCCAGUGUCUUUCGGCCACCUCUGUCAAAUAUUAAGUGCCUAGAGGCCCAUGUACUCAUGAUUUUUGUUACACUGGUCUACACGUGUUUUGUGCCUGUACCAUAUUAUCACCAUGGCUCUAAAAUAUAUCUUGAAAUUGGGAAUGGUCAUCCAUACAGUACUGUUCUUUAUGAUCACGAUUGUUUUAGCUAUCCAGGGUCUUGUGUGGUUCCAUAUGAAUUUUAGGAUUUUUUUUUUCCUAUUACUGUGAAGAAUGAGAUGGGGGCUUUGAUUGGGAUUGCACUGAAUCAGUAAAUAGCAUUUGGUAGAAUGGUAACUUUCAUUGUUAAUUCUAUCAAAGUUUAAAGUUUUCAUCGUAGAGGUCUUUUAUCUCUUUGAUUUAGUUUAUUCCUGGACAGUUCCUUUCAGACUGUUAUCUUCAUGUUUUUGUGUGGUAUAUGGAAAGGCUGUGAUUUUGUGCACAUUGACUCUGGGUCAUUUCCAAUGGCUCAUCUGCUAUGGGGAUGGGUUGACCUCCUUCCUUACUUGUAUCCCUGUAAUUUUCUUAUCCUGA